UUCAGUUUGUGGAAAGAGACGACAGCUGGCUGGACAGGUGGGGAAUCUGUUCAUUCAGAUGAGGAAUCUAUAGAGUAGAAUUAGAUAAAUAAAUAUAUUUGAGCUGCAGCAGGGAGUGUGGGACAUGACACUGAAUAGGGCCUGAAAUUAAUACAUUAACAUGAAGAAGAGCAUCAUAUAUUUCUGGAUUUGUUCUUUGGUAAUCUUUCAUCAAAUCGUCCAUGGACAGGAUGAAGCUCCAUCACAGAAAUCCAACAAUCUUCCAUUAUUGUUGUCCAUGAACAAUGAUUUUGGUUUUCGUCUGUACAAGGGUCUUACGGCAAUACCCAAGUAUCAGUCCAAGAAUAUUUUCUUCUCUCCAAUAAGUGUGUCAAUGGCCCUUUCUGCGCUGUCUUUAGGAGCUGGUGGUGAGACCAAACAGCAGCUUCACCAGGGCAUUGGCCAUAACAGCUCUGUCUUAGACACCGAAGAAAUGCACAAGACAUAUCAAAGUCUCUUGGAGGAAAUCAACCAGAAGACAGGGGUGGACAUUGAUGUCGGUACCGCUGUUUAUCUGAGCGACACGUUUAAGUCCCAUCCUGAGUUUUUUGAGAAGGUAAAGCAGUUUUACCUGUCAGAAGGCUUCUCCGUGGACUUCAGUGCCAAAGAAACUGUAGAAAAGAUUAAUGCAUAUGUAAAGGAGAAAACACACGGCAAAAUAGAUAACGUUGUUCAACAUCUAACUCCUGAUAUGAAGAUGAUCCUUCUCACUUACAUAUAUUUUAAAGGAAAAUGGGAUAUGCCAUUUGACCCAAAAAUGACCCAUGAGCGUAAAUUUCAUGUGGAUGCUGAUACAACCGUUCAAGUACAAAUGAUGCAUGAAAAAGAUAAAUUCAAAGUUUUUUAUGACACACACCUCUCCACUAAAGUCCUUGCUCUCGACUACAAUGACUCGUUCUCCAUGUUUCUGGCUCUCCCAGACAAAUCCAUCACUGAUCUAGAGGCGGCUAUUAGUCGUCAAGACUUUGAAAAGUGGAAAAACAGCGUUUCGAAAAGAAAAGUUGACGUCUCUGUCCCCAAGUUGUCUCUUAAAACCUCAUAUACCCUAAAUGAGAUUUUGAAAGGGAUGGGAAUACAUGAAAUGUUCACGGGUAAUGCCAACUUCACAAGACUUUCAGCACAAGGUUUGUUCGUUUCAGAGGUAGUGCAUAAAGCGGCUCUGGAUGUAGAUGAAGAAGGAACCACUGCAGCAGCCGUGACUGCAAUUAUGGUGGAAAGUACUUCUUUCAAUCCAAUGAACUUUUUUAUAUUUGACCGUCCAUUUAUGAUCUUUAUCGUUGACCACCAAAAUUCAAUCCUCUUUAUGGGAAAAAUUGUCAACCCAGCAGAAAAGUAGUGCCGACAUUCAAGAUGUUGUAAGCAGUGUGAGCCAGCAGAUGGCCUUGAUGUAAUGAUUUUUUGCUGACCUUUCUGCAGUUUGUUCAUUGACAUGAUGUUGUAACAAAUAGCAACUUCUGACAAUACACUGUCUGUAAACAAUAUCUACAUACAGUCAGAACAUGUCAAUCAUUUAAUAAAGACUGAUGCGUCUGUA